AUGUCUGACGCUUCCCAUUAUCAACAAUACGAUCAUUCAACAGGUAUCGCCAAUUUGCCAAACCAAAGGCACAAGAUCGUUGCCAAAGCUGGAGGUCAUUUCACGUUGAUGGUUGUCGGAGAAAGCGGUGUAGGAAAGACAACAUUGAUCAACACACUCUUCUCUACAGAACUUGCAACCGGCAAGAAUCACACAAUUCGUCAUGCUAAACAACUAGACAAAACUGUCGAGAUUGAUAUUAUCAAGGCAGAAUUGGAAGAGAAACAAUUCAAAGUCAAACUCACUGUGAUCGAUACACCCGGUUUCGGAGAUUACGUCAACAAUCGUGACAGUUGGUCCCCCAUAAUCGACUUCUUGGACGAUCAACAUGAAAUGUACAUGCGUCAAGAACAACAACCUGAACGUAAGGACAAGACUGAUAUGCGUGUUCAUGCUUGCCUAUACUUCGUCCGUCCAACCGGUCACACACUCAAACCUCUCGAUAUCGAAACAAUGAAGCGAUUGGGAACCCGUGUCAAUUUGAUUCCCGUCGUUGCCAAGGCUGAUACAAUGAGCCCCAACGAUUUGGCAAUCUUCAAACAACGUAUUCGCGAAGUGAUCAAUGCUCAAGGUAUUCGUGUCUACUCACCACCAAUCGAAACCGAUGAUGAAGCAAGUGCUGAACAUGCAAAGACACUCAUGAACGCUAUGCCAUUCUCCAUCAUCGGAUCUACAAAGGAUGUACAAACCCGUGAUGGACGUGUGGUUAAGGGUCGUGAUUAUCUAUGGGGUGUCGCUGAAGUGGAAAACGAGGAACAUUGUGACUUCAAGAAAUUGCGUUCUUUGCUCAUCCGUACACACAUGCUGGAUUUGAUCAACACAACAGAAGAGACCCAUUACGAGAACUACCGUCAAGCACAAAUGGAAACCCGUAAAUUCGGUGAACCAAAGGUGAAAAAGUUGGACAACCCCAAAUUCAAAGAAGAGGAAGAGGCAUUACGUCGCCGUUUCACAGAGCAAGUCAAAUUGGAAGAACAAAGGUUCAGACAAUGGGAACAACAUUUGAUCGCCGAGAGAGAUCGUCUAAACAAGGAUUUAGAACAAGCCCAUUCUUCCGUCAAGGCUCUGGAAGCCGAAUUAGAUGCAAUGCAAGGCGGUUACGGCCGUGGCACCCAAAGACGGUAA